GUCUGGCGGUGGUGUGCAUGUUGUUCCCCACGGAGCGUCUCUGUCCAAGCUUUUAGAGCUUCUGGUUGCGAAAAGAAGAACUGAGGAAGUCGGGGGGGUCAUAGGCGCUGUGAGGAGAAGGCGAAGAUCGUCCCUCCCCCACCCUCUUCGCCUGAGACGUUGGAGCCAAUCACCAGAGCGAUUGCCAACAUCUCAGGAGUCAGAAGGUGCCUGUUUCGUGAUCAGCAGUCACUGAGCAGCACUUUAAUCGACGAGGCCGUACUCUGUAUCUCCUAAAGCCCACCAUCUAGCUUGCGACUACGUUUCAUCCUCCGAUAUCUUGUGAAGUCGCGCGUGUCGCAGUUGCAUAGCCAGGGCACAGUUUUCUUCUCGUUUCCGCGAGCACAUCCUGUAGACUGCGGCGUUUGUGACCAAAAUCCCGCACCGUGCGUCCCCUUUCUUAGAACCAUUAGCGAAAGAUAUUAUUCUGAACGAGGCUUCUGUUCCGCGCGCCGCACAUCGCGACGACGAUGGUGGACGACGAGAUUCUCUUCCCCGGCCACAUCGACAUGGGUGACAUGGCGGACCUCAUGGUCGGCGAUGCUGACCUGGACGGCUUCUCUGACGACGAGUUCGACGUGGACGAAUUAGAACGCCGCAUGUGGAAGGACCGCCUCAAACUGAAGCGGAUUAAGGACUGCCAGAAGAUUAAGGACGCUCCGGAAACCGCGGCGGAAGAUGCGGAGGAUAAGGACGGGGAGGAGGAGGAGGAGUUUAAGCCGAGGCAGAAGCAGUCGCAGCAGGAUCAGGCGCGCCGGAAAAAGAUGUCGCGAGCGCACGACGGGAUUCUGAAAUACAUGCUGAAGAUGAUGGAAGUCUGCAAGGCCCAGGGUUUCGUGUACGGGAUCAUCCCGGAGAAGGGCAAGCCGGUGGGUGGCAGCUCCGACAACCUGCGCGCGUGGUGGAAGGACCAGGUGCGCUUCGACCGCAACGGGCCCGCCGCCAUCGCGCGCUACAACGCGGAGCAGGCUGCAGCGGCCGGCAAGAAGGACCUCCAGCCGGCCGGCCUGCUACAGCUGACGACGCCGCACACGCUACAGGAGCUACAGGAUACGACACUCGGUUCGCUGUUAUCCGCGUUAAUGCAACACUGCGAUCCUCCCCAAAGGAGGUAUCCGUUGGAGAAGGGGAAUCCGCCGCCCUGGUGGCCGAGCGGGGACGAGGAUUGGUGGCCGCAGAUCGGCAUGCCACGUGGCAGCGGCCCGCCUCCUUAUAAGAAGCCUCACGAUUUGAAAAAGGCUUGGAAGGUCGGGGUGCUGACGUCAGUGAUCAAGCAUCUGUCGCCGGAUGUCGCACGGAUUCGCAAGCUCGUGCGACAGAGCAAGUGCCUGCAGGACAAGAUGACGGCGCGAGAGAGUGCCACGUGGCUUGCCGUGCUGGACCAGGAGGAGGCGACGCUGCUGAAGGCGCAGGGGAAGCCGCUUCCGCCGGAUGCGGCGGAGUACGACCCGUUCCGCGUCGACCUGCCGCCCUUCAUCGCCGCGAAUGGCGCCGUGGGAUGCGGGGACUAUCUCGCGGGAGCGCUGCAGGCCCUGCAGCAGCAGCAGCAGCGGAACGGGGGGGGGGAAGAAGCGGCUGCGGGGAAACCGCCCGCCGCCGGCGUCGGCAGGAAGCCCGCCGCCAUGAAAGCGGAGCCGCAGGCGUGGCUGCCGGCGGCGGCGAGUCGCUUUCCCGCAACUGCCGCCGCCACUAACGCCACCGCGGCGGGCCAGGCUCUGGGGAAUGCGGAGAAGGCGCAGGCGCAAGGGGAAGGAAGUGGUGGUGCUGCCGGGAUUUCCGGAGGCGGCGAUUGCGGGGACGCUGACGUGGCACCGCCGAUUGAGGCGGUGCUUGCGGGGGUGGAGCUGCUGCCCGAGCACAGAGUUUUCAUGUGCCCGUUCGACCGCUGCCCGCGGCACUUAUGGCGGAACGCGUUUUCCGACCGCGCCUCGCGCAACCUGCAUCAAGCGAGCUGCGCCUUCCGCCUGAGCAGCAAGGGGGAAGGGGACUCCGCCGGCUCCGCGGGCGCCAGCGGUGGCGCAAGCGGCGGAAAGAGCGCUGACGCUAGCGGAAGGAACGCAAUUUCCGCCGCCGCCGCCGCCGUAACCCCUGCUGCUGGCGCUGGCGCUCCUGUUACUGGUGCUGGUGCUGGUGUUGGUCUGGGUGCUGGUGCUGGUGCGGGUACUCUUCCUCCUGCAAAGGUUUCGACUGUCGGAGCUACGAAGAAGGCAGCAGCUGGAGGCGCGCCUGCUCCUCCCACGUCAGCAGUAUCUUCCGCCCCACCGGCAACGGCCGCGAAAGCAUCCGGUGGUAGCAGCAAGGCGAGAAAUGCCGCCGCUGCCGCAUCCGCCGCCGCAUCCGCCGCCGCGUCUGCCGCUGCUGCUGGUAACGCCACCUCGGCCUCUACCAUGUUCGCGGGAAGCUUCCUCCCGCACAUGCCACGUCAGCAUCUGGGCGCCCCUGACGGCGUGGCGCCUUUCCUGCCGCCCCACCACCAGCACCACCUGCGCCACGCGUCCCUGCUUCGGCAGGGAAGCUUCCCGGGAGAUUCCUACCACCCGGGGGGCCCUGGAAAUAUGAUGGGGAUGGGGGCUAUCCCCCCCCCUCAUCCUUCGAUCAUGGGCCCUCCCCCUCCCGCCCCCCCGCUUCCUUAUCCCGCGGCUCUGGGCCUGCCAGCUCAUACCACGGGGUAUGCUGACGUGUACGGGGGUAUGUACGCCCAUGGGCAUAUGAUGGGGAUGGCAGGGGGACAUGUGGGCAUGGGGGCCCCGCAUGGGAUGGGGCCGUAUGGCAUGCCGCCCCCGCCGCACCACUAUGCUAGCAUGAUGAUGGCCGCCGCUGCUGCUGCCGCCGCUGCUAAUGGUGCUGCUGGUGCUAAUGGUGCUGCUGGUGCUAAUGGCGCUGGCGGUGGUGGUGGUGGUGGUGCUGCUGGUUCUGGUGGGAGGGGUAUGGUGCGGCCUGGUGGCGCUGCUGCUGCUGCUGCUGCUGCAUCUGGUGCGGUGGGUGCGCAGGUGUAUCGAGAAGUGAUGCUGCAGGGGCAGGCGAUGCAACAGCAGGGGCGCAAGGAAGCAAAGCAGCAGCAUCAGCAACGGCAGGUGAUUGCUUUGGAGGGGAGAGACGAUUCGCAGGAGCAGAGGGAGCAAGAUGAGGGCAGCAGCAACCUGCAAAUGACUACAGCAGCACCAGCAGCAGGCAAUGCUCGCAGUGCAAAUCCGCUGGCCCGGGUCACUGCUGCGUCUCUCCCUCCCUUCCGCCGCAACUUCAGUGAUCAGAAUCUUCCGUUGUACGCGGGUACUGGUAGCCUAUCAGGGAGAAGCAAUCUCAGCAGGCUUCCAUCCCAGCAGCAGCAGCAGCAGCAGCAAGAGCAGCAGCGAGAGCAGCAUUCAAUGUUCCAGGAGCUAUCCGCAGCAAUGGCUGCUGUGGGCACCGGUGCUGCCGCUGCUGAUGGUGCCGGUGGCUCUAUCGGUUCUGCUGCUUCUGGUGGUUUUGGCUCUGCCGUUUCUGGAGGAGCUUUGGUCGGGGCGAAACGCCGGGCGCUAUCGGACGCUGAGACAGUGCUGGCCAACAACCCGGACUUCUUCGCCUCUGUUCUCGAAGAUUCACCGAACCUGGACGGCGGCAUGAUUCACCUGGAGAGUCUGCUGCACCACCAGCAGGACCAGCAGCAGCAUCAGCAUCAGCAGCAGCAGCAGCACCAGCAGCAGCAGCAGCUGAGCCUGGGGUCACUGCAUGAGACGGUUACUGAUGAGGGGAUAAAUGGGGUAGGAGUAGUAGGAGGAGGUAUGGCUGCCGGUGGUGCCGAUGCUGUGGGUGCCACUGCGAAUGCUGGUGCCAGUGCUAGUGGUGGGGUCACAGGGGGAGGUGAUGCUGGGAUAGGCUUGGCCACUGUGAAUGUCGAGGGCACUGAUGGUGGGGGUAUGGUGCAGGGAGGGGGGGGUCUGACGGCCACUGUGCAGGGAGGGGGGGGUCUGACGGCGAUGGAGCAGGACGAGGAGGAGAGCCUGUUUGGGUUCAGCUUUGGGGUGAUGGGCAACCAGCACGACCAGAUGCGGCUGCUCAACAACCUCAUGGAUGAGGAGCUGUGCUACUUCGGAGCAUAAGAGCUGUGCUCUGUGGGUGCACAUGCGGAUCACAUGUGGAGGGGUGCUCUGCUGUCAGCAACCAGCACGACCAGAUGCGGCUACUGAAUGAUUUGAUGUAUGAGGAGCUGUGCUACUUUGGAGCUCGAGGAAGAGGGGUGAUGUGGAUCUCCUGCGCUGCGAUUGGCAACCAGCACGGCCAGAUGCGGCUGCUGAACAGCCUCGCGGACGAGGAACUGUGCUACUUCGGAGCUUAGGAAGGGGGGUAGCAUGUUGGAAGGUGUUUUUUGCACCGCUAUGGGCAACCACCAUGACCAGGCGAGGCUGCUGAACAACCUCUUGGAUGAGGAAUUUUGCUACUUGAUUGUCCGACGAAAGAGUGGUCCAACGAAAAGCACAUUCAUUAUUUGUUAUGCAAAUAUAUUGAAUCAGAUGUU